GCGGCUCGCGCUGAGUGACGGGCAGCGGGACCGGGACCGGGACCGGGAGCGGGGCUGCGAGCGGCGUCGGCGGCCUGGCGGGGCGGGAGGAGGAGGAAGAAGAGGAAGGGUCUCGGCCGCGGCCCCGGCGAGGCGCUAUGGCGACCACCGUCACCACCCAGCGGGGCCCGGUAUUUGUUGGUGAGCUUCCUCAAGACUUUCUUCGCAUUACCCCAACCCAGCAGCAACAGCAAAUCCAGCUGGAUGCCCAAGCAGCUCAGCAGCUACAGUAUGGAGGAGCAAUGGGUACAGUAGGAAGACUCAGCAUUACUGUAGUACAGGCCAAACUGGCAAAGAAUUACGGAAUGACACGCAUGGAUCCGUAUUGUCGAAUACGGCUGGGGUAUGCUGUGUAUGAAACUCCAACAGCACAUAAUGGAGCCAAGAACCCCCGCUGGAACAAAGUUAUUCAGUGCACUGUUCCUCCGGGUGUGGACUCUUUUUAUCUGGAGAUAUUUGAUGAGCGAGCCUUUUCAAUGGAUGACCGCAUUGCUUGGACACACAUWACGAUUCCUGAGUCUCUGAAACAAGGAAAUGUGGAGGAUGAAUGGUAUAGCUUAAGUGGAAGGCAAGGUGAUGACAAAGAAGGAAUGAUUAAUCUGGUUAUGUCCUACACGUCUUUGCCAGCUGCCAUGAUGAUGCAGCCCCAGCCAGUGGUCCUGAUGCCCACUGUGUAUCAACAAGGAGUUGGAUAUGUGCCUAUAGCAGGGAUGCCUGCAGUCUGUAAUCCAGGCAUGGUACCAGUGGCAUUACCACCUCCUGCGGUCAACCCUCAGCACCUGUGUAAUGAAGAGGACCUGAAAUCUAUCCAGGACAUGUUUCCCAACAUGGACAGGGAAGUAAUCCGCACAGUGCUAGAAGCUCAGAGGGGGAACAAGGAUGCAGCUAUCAACUCCUUACUUCAGAUGGCUGAAGAAUCAUAGAUGCCCACUUCCUGCAUAGUCCCCGUCCUUGAUGCCACUUAUUUUUACUUGCCAAGCCAGGGAUUUAGCUAGAGGAAGAAUUUCCCAACAGCUUUCUGUUAGUGCAUCGCAUGUGACAGAUCAUACCCCUUUCCUCCUUGGACAUUUGGAUCUUCUUCUCUUUCUUUCUCAGUCUGUACAUACUCAGUUUAGCUUGUGUCCUACAGUAGAGCAGUGAAGCAUCUAUCAGCUGUGCCCUGUGUGGCUAUGUUCUGGUGGGGUGGGGAAUAAUGCUGCUUUGUUUCUUUCUUUCCCCCUUUCCAUAAACUUGCUCUUACAAAGUAACUCUAUGCAGUGCAGGAUUUACUAGUGUUUGUUAGAUUGGAAAAGAAAAUCUUUCCAUGGAAGGUUUUGCUCUUUAAACACAACUGAUUUGCUAAAAGUAUUUAGAUUUCAGCAAGCAGCCUAUUUUUGCCAGAAAUUUAAGAAGAGACGCUUUCUUAUCCUGUGGUGUUUAGUUACUACUGUGAUAUAUUCACACCUUUCAGCUAGAAUAUCUUUAAUUUAAUAAGCUAAAUUUCUUAGAUUGUGCUUUUGGUAUUUGUAAUGGGCAUCUUCUGUUCAAUCCAGUCAUUGGGCACCAAAGCAAUAUAUUUUCUGGUGUGCAUUUGGGGCUUUGUCCUCCCACAUAAUAGGUAUCUGUAAAAUCUUAAGAGGUAACUUUUAAUUCCUACAGUAUGUAUUGCUGUAUCAGAGAACAGGACUAAGCCCUAAUGUACUCCCACAGUUAAUUGCACUCUAACUACUACUUCUGCAUUCCCAUGGCUAUUUCAAAGGAUAAGUGCAGAAGGAGAGAUACUUAUACCUGGAAAAUUAUUGAAGCCGUAAAGAAUUAUUUAAGAUAUUGUCUUACAUUAAAAAGCAGAAAUCUUUKAUCUGGUUAUAAGGCUUCUUUCUUUAUAUCUAUGUUUCAGUAAAGUUAUUGCUUUACAUGAAUGGGAAAAUGAUUGUAUUUUUCCUGUAAUGAGAAAUAAGCAUGAAAAGUAGCUUCAGGGUCUUAGAAUGGCAUUAUGAAUUGCUCAGUGACUUCUUAGACUACAGCUGCUGUAGUCAUUUUAUUAUUAUUUGAUGCAGAUGGAAAUAAAAUACUUUGUGAGAGACAAUUUAACAUAUCUGAGUUACAGUCCAAUCCUCAGAGGAAGUGUUUAUAUUUAUUGUUAGUGUAWUUUUUUCAAAUAAGAGUUGAUUUUGGAGCUGCAGAAUCUUACAGUAUGCACCACUUAUACCUGUUGGGUGAAUUUCUGCGGUGUCUGUUUUUGUAAAGUAAUGCACUUUAAAUAGUAUGCACCAAUUUAUUUUUCCAGUGAUGUGCAAUGUUGCUGUUUUGUCUCUUUAAUGUUUGAUUUCAAAUACUUUCUACAAUAGCCAUAGACCUUUAUAUUUUCAAGAGUUGAAAUGAAUGUACAUUUGAAAUCUAGGCUCUUGAGUGAUUCAUGAGAACAUUAAAGCCAGGUUUGGAAUAGGGAAUAACAACCCAUAUUUUCUUCUUCCCCAUACUUUAUUUCAUGUCCUAUGCUUAAAAUAUUUUCUUUAUUAUCUGAUGGAAAGCUGAUUUUAUUUUCUUCUCCCCUAGCCUACAUUCAAGUAGCCUUUAGGUAGCACUGGCAGUAGAGCAUGAAUAUUUAUUUUUUUAUCAUUCAAAAUAAUACUGAAACUUCUAAAAUACAGCACCAAAAAUCAUCCCAGUUUCUGGCCUUUUAAAGCUGUCUUCAUAAUGUACAGUUUUAAGUUUUGUUAUGAAUCCCUUAACAUCUUAAAUUUCACAUUGAAAGCAUGUCUUUAAACAUCCUCCAAUUGGAUUUUUGRUAAUAAAAUUCAAGGCUAUAGUUUCUGUGUGCUCUAGUUGUAGAGUUGCCACACUUCUGUUUUUUAAAGUAAAGUGGGUAUURUACAAGAAACUAGCCUUGCCCCUUCCCUACAAUGACGGUAAAUUUUGUGAUUGAGUAGGUGUAGAGGCACUUGGUCUCCAUAGCAGUGUUUUGUGACAUCAUGACCCGAAAGGAUGAAUGUUGGUAAGGAUUUAAUUCUUAGAUACCUCCAGGAAGAGUCCGUUGCUCUAACUUUUACACAGAUAGCAUGAAUUGCUAGGGUUGGAACAAUUCAGGAAAAAUGUACAUAUUUAAAUUUUUAUAUUAAAACGGUGGGAUUCCUAAUACAGCUUUUCAUAAAAGCAAGUGGUCAUGGUUCAACUUUAUGGCUGGUAAAUUGUAGUGUAUUCUAUUAUAGCUCCAUUUCAAACAUAGAACAAAACCAUCUUUCAAAAGUAAGUACAAAAGUUAGGCUAGCCAGGUUUAUUCAUAAACUGGGCUCUUGGCCUCUGAUGGAGACUCCUGUUCUUAGAUAUAUUUUUGGUGUGUAUUUUUUCCCUAAGCAAAUGUUAUGUAAAACAGGGUACAUGUAUGAGUUGAAAAUGGGAUAUGUAGGAGCAGUGUGGCCAGUAGAUGGAUUUCAGUAUCUUACACUAUACUUAAAUACUGUUCAGUGGGUUUUUUUUAGUCUUUAUUUAAUUAAACAUUAGAGACKAAACUCUUACAUCAAGAUGUGCUACUUUCUCUUGUUAAAAAGAACAAAAUCAUAAGCCUGCUCAGUUUUUCACAUGCAUAUCCUUCCAUUUAAGCUGUUUGUUGUUGGUUUGGAGAGAGAUGAAAAAAGACAGGGAGUGUUUACUUAUUUUAGGUUCUGUGAAGUUAAGGUAUUGGAACUGAAAGUGUGUUUCUGUAUUUAAAACAGACUUAAAAUAUUUAAAWUUGUCAGUCAUGAUUGUAGCUUUUAAGAAAAUGCUAAUGGGGUUAUACUGUGUUUGAUGCUUCCAGCAGCUUGGAGCCAAAGUCAGCUGUGUAAGACGGGCAUCUGCUAAAAGUURGUGCUCUUAGUAUAGUUUCUUCUGCCAAGAGCCUCAACUUGCUGAAGGUAGGAACAUUUUUUGUCUAGCUAGAUCCUUGCAACUUCUCUACUGCUCUUUGCAUCUGCUGAUGGUACUGAAUGGGUUUCUUCCCCCCUUACAAAUGUUAUUGCCUAUUUGGUUGAUAUGUAAUACCGUACAGAGGAUGUUUUUUGCUGUAAUUAUUCUGAAGACAUUGUUUCUCUGUAUUGAGGUCCAGUGUCCAAAUAAUGUUUCUUGCACUCUAAAGUACAUUAACUUUUUCAUUCUAAUUUAAUAAAUGUAUCAUCUGAAUGAAAGUGUAUUAUGUCUCUGUUGGAGAGCAGCACGGUGUGAGUCUUUGUCUGUAGACUGAUCUAGGAUUCAAGUAUCACUUACUUACUGUCUUUUAUUCAGUAUUGCACAUUAGUUGGUAAAUUACACUGGCUCUUUAAUGUGACUGUCUGGUAGGAAUAGUAACAGUAAAUGCUCAAAAGAGUUCCUCUGCAGGUAGGUGCCUCUUCCUAACUUUUCUAGGGGCUACUUUCUUAAAAUAUUCCAUUGUUGCAGGCCCAGAGGACAGGAGGAGGCAGUAGUGAAGCUGUGUUGUUUGAAGCACAGCGUUGGAGGGCAAGGGAGGAGGGAAGAACAGUGUGUGGGUAUGGAGGGAAUGCUGCAGUGUGAAGAAUGGAGGACUCUGGAUGAGAGUGGUGUCCAAAUGGAGAAUUAUUAAAUAGAACUUGUGUGCAAUUCCAGGUCCAAAAAGAACUGGCUUUAUCUGCUAAUACAUAAUAAAUGAAUUCGAAAGAUUUUGUUUGCAUAGCAUCUCUCUCUAGUACUGUGAUUGCAAAGCUAUCUGGGGCCCUCUUUCUCAAAUAGCAUUACCAUGCUAUUAUUAUUACCAGCAUUACCAUUGCUAUUAUUAUGAUUAUUGUGAUCAUUAAGCAACUUCUAGUCUCUCUUCUAUUACUGUGUUAUYAAGCUAACAUUUUGAGUUUUACUGUCCAUUCAUCGUGUUUUUUUUUUCUAACGAACAGUUUUUUUUUUAACAUGAUAGUUGAGAGGAAUUCUUUCACAGCUGAAUUUUCUUUAUUUCCUUAAUGUAUUGAGUACUUACUAUGAAAUAAAACGGUUCAAAUUAUG